AUGUUGAGAGAGGAAGCGAUGAAAAAGAAUGCGAAAGAGGAAAAAAAGAGAGAACAAAAAGUAAGGAAAGAAAGAGAAAAGAGAGAAGAUGAAGAGGAGAUAGAAAAAAGGAAACAACGCGAAGAAGUUAGACUGUUAGAAGAUACGAAGAAGACAGUAAGAGAGAAUAUGGAGGAAAUAAGAAGGCAAGUGGAAAUAGUGAUGACAGCAGCAAAUAAGGAGUCGGGAAGUAAACUCUCAUUUAAUAGAGGCGACCAAACGGCGGUUAACGUAGCGUUGGGAGUAAUACAAGGUGAAUGUAUGGGCUUUCUCGUGAAACAAGCCGAGCUAAUGGAAGGGAAAAGUGAAUGGCAGAGGAAGAACGAAAAGUUAAAAGAGGAAGAGGAUAGAUGGAAGAAGGAAUGCCAAAGAUUGGAGGAGGAGAGGAAGGUUUUGGAGAAGAAAAAUAGAGAGCUAGUGAGGAAGAACAGGGAGCUAGAAGAAGAAUUGGAUAGGGCUAAAGAGCGGAGAGGAAGUCAGAGCGGAAGCCCGGAGGGGAGAGAGCAGGCUACAGAGGUGAGGCAAACGAAUGAGAGAGCUGUGAAAGAGGUGAGUGUAAGGUAUGUAGGAGUGAGGAAUGUAGAGAAUGAAAGGGAAGAAUUGAGUGAGGAAGAGAGUGAGAAUGAAGGGGAAUUGUAUGCUCAGGUAGCAAGAAGAGGGACGAGAGAAAGGGGGAGAGGUGUGAGAGGAAUGAGAGGUAGAAUGGAGAGUGGAAGAGGAAGGACGCAGAGAGGGAGAGUAUAUGAAGGAGGGGAGGGCUGGUCCACCCCCCCAAAAAAUUUGGAAUUGAUAGUGACUGGAGAAAAUGUAAAUGAUGGAAGGAAGUUGGCUGAGCAUCUAGCGAAGAGAAUAGACAUGAGAGAGAAUGGAGGUGCGCCAAGAGCAGUGAGGGUGAUGAGGGAGGGGAGAUUGUGCAUAGUAGCAAAGAGCGAAGAACAGAGGGCAAGAAUAGAGGAGCAGAUGAAGGGAUUGAACGGUAUAGAUGUGAGGAAGGGAAGGACAAGGGACCCCAUGAUACUGGUGUCAGGGGUUCCGGUGGCCGUAGAGGAAAGAGAGUUGCUAGAAGCGUUAAGGAGUGAGAAUGAGGAAUUGAGGGAGGGAGGAAUGAGGAUAAUUAAAAAAUAUCAGUGUCGCAACCCGUGGAAGAGGAAUUGGGUUGUACAGAUGAAGGCAAAAGGGUUCAGAGAGGUAAUUAGGAAAGAAAGAGUGAAUGUGUUGAAUGAGAGCUUGUAUGUAGAAGAGUAUGUGGGGACAAUGAUCUGUUUCAAGUGUUGUGGGUUUGGACAUAUGGCGGGAGGAUGUAAGGAAAGGUUGGCGUGUUUCGAAUGUGGAGGGGAGCAUGAGGCGAGAGAAUGUAGGAGCGAAAGGAGGGAGUGUGUGAACUGCGCCAGGAUGUUCAAAAGAAAGGAGGAACAUGGAGCGAAAGAUGCGGCCUGUCCGGCAUAUAAGGUGAAUUUGGACCUAUCAAGGAGGUACAUUAACUACAAUGUCUAG